AUGGAGUCGGUUGAAGAAACUGAUUACUCAAAUGUCCUCACGGAAGACGAGCUUUUCCAUCGCGAGCCAGAUAGAGCCGCGCAGACAGCAGCCAUACUGGAUGAAUGGGAACCCACUUCUGCUACUGCUGUAGAUGAAGAAACCUCCAAAGAAGAUGGAGUCAAGCGAGCAGAAAAAAUGCAGCAAGAAAUGACAGAGGAGCCAAAGGUGUUGACGGCGAAGCAAAAGGAAAAGCUUCGAAAGAAAGAAAAGUACAGGAACAUGCCAAAAAGCAAGAGCCAUGGCCAGCCAAAACCCACAGGUUUCGAGGAAUCAUUCACCGAAGCACCCGUGACCCCUGAGGAGCACCUACACGAGAGAAGCAUCUACCAUAGUGACCGUCCUGCUAUCUUUCGCAUCCAAGAGGCACUCAACAGGUACCAGCAAAAGCGCCGUCUCCUAGAGGAGCGCAUGCAGGUGUUUGCUCAGUAUCUGAGAUAUGGUGGUGUCGAAGUCGGCGCAAGGAUGUUCGGAGGAGUGUCGGAAAUGGAAUUGAAGGCGAUGGAAAAAGAAGAAGUUGUUGUUGCUCGCUCACAAACCGACAUCGGCAUUGAAAAAAUGAAACUGGAUAUCGAUUUCGAGCAUGUUGCCAAGUCAUUUCUAUCAUUCUACUUGCCCGAUUACUGCAGACCAGAGGGUAUUCACGCCAUCAGGUUGGCAACCGAUACAAUCAGAAAUUGGCUCAAUUACCUACUCUACCACGACGUCGUUCCCGAAUAUACCGACAACAUCAAGGGAGCUCGCGGGUACUGCAACUUUGCAGAGAAGCAGCUCUGGGACAACCAGCGUCUGCUUGUAAAUGGGCCUGGAGACUUCAAUAAGGCCAACUCAUUUCUCUUUGGCGGCUACUACUACGACAAAGGGACACAAUCGGAGCAGUCUCGGGCAUGGACGGACGAAAAUUUAUCACGAAACCGGGCUCCAAUGACACCAUCAGUUGCCCAGAAAGUGGUGAUGUUUGCUCUUGCUGCUAGUGGCACAGAUGAACAAUCUGCGGCAUUUAGUGAUCUUGCAAUGAGAGGGGAACUGUCGGCACAUGCCAUCCAAGACAUUGACGGGUUUGAAAUCGUUGACAUCCUCAUGCCUCAUGACGGAAUUCGCGGCUUCUACGAAACCUACGCACCUGAUCUUAAUGUCGUUGGAAAGGUGCGCGUAAAGGCGUGGCGUAACCCAAACGUUUCGCAGAUUGACCUGGCACCAGGGGAGACGUUGCCGAACAUCCACGGACUGGAAUUCGAAUUCUUCAUCGAGGAAACACUCCUUCAGUACUGUUACCUGGGAAUGAAGGUUGUGACAACUGUGUGGGAGUUGAACUGUGAAGUAUUCUUUUUCGAUGAAAUUCUGAACGCUUACUGCUCGUUCUACACCCAGUCUUUGAACGACUUGAUGAUAGGCUGGAAAGCUCCGCGCGACCUCACCAAGAAGGCAAAUCAAGAAGGGGAAAGCAGUCCGGAAAACGAGACUACCGAAGACCUCCUUGAUGACUAUGACUAG